CCCGUUCCCUCCCCCCUUACUACCGCGACUUAUCUUCCCCUGCGAGACGAUUCAAAACUCGCAGCCUUCCCACCUCCCAAGACCAGGACGGAAUAAGGAUGGACGCCUGAAUUAUUUUCAUGCCCUCUUCUCCUCUCUUUCUACUCUUCCUCUGACCUAAUCCUCGACUAAUAUCCAUCCCAAACACCUCAAACUUUUACCUCAUCACGGUCGUCUACCUUGGUCAAUACCAAGACAACAUUCACCAAGGAAAGAGACAUCGAUCGGCAAUUCACUUUGCUUUUCUACAUAUACCUCCUCUGGCACCUGCAGUCUUCUACAAACCAAACGCCAGUCACUCCGAUACCAAGACGAAUUCCUUCGACAAGGACCUGGACCCGAUUUUCACCUUGCCUGCUUCUCCCAACACCUUACACCAAGAACCGCAUACGCUCGCGUGCGCAGACACCUACAGCUUUCCGCUCGACAAGGACGUAUACACGGAUCACAGAGCCAGUCUACCUAUUCUGAUUUUGCGGUCUUCUGUACUCGAAAAAGUCUCGUCGUGGUUCUGAUUCGACACAGAAAUCCACCAACGCCGGACAACAUCCCGACGCAGAAUAAACGCAUGCAGCAGCCUCAAGCAAUGGGAUAAAGACCAAGAAACCCCAACUCUCUUGUUUUCCCUUUCCUUUGCGUCUUCGGAUUUUGGCCUACAAGCCUCCCGAUUUCUCCUACAAUAAACCCACCUCGCCAGCUUUGGACUCGACUUAUCGCUUAGUUCGACUUUCACGUUGGUGCUUCAGGACCGAUAAUUGGGGGACACACUACUCGCACGUCGCCCAACCAAACCCCCCCUCCAUUCGUCAAGGCCCAGACCAAAGAAUUGGAGACCCCUCGGAAACGCCGCGGACUAUACUACCUACCGACUUGGCCCUCCCAGAAACCAACUGGUACCGAUACCAGCACCAGUACCAAGCGUUCUCUCUCGGUGGUGUGUGGUCCAAUUACGUAUUGGCCCAUCCUUGAUCAGAGCACCCUCCUCCGCUGUUGUCCUUGUGCCCACCGGCCACACUCCGAACAGCGAUGGCGACCGUCCUCACCAGCAUGGCGGUGCCCCAGCCCGCUUCCAUCUCCCAAGACAAGCAACAUUCCGCCGAGCAACAAAACUCGAGUAGCCUGUCCUCGUCUCCCCGUCAAUUUCCUACCGAUCUUACUUCUCCCAUCCUCGAAGAAGCCGAUGAGUCCGAAAGCGAGUCUCCGAAUGAACCUGUGACCCCCAUUAGCAGUGGGAGACAAUCCCAAGAGUUUACCACCCGCCCUAGUCAGGACCAUCACGACAUCAAUCUCACCGCUACCCAUCAGGUGCAGACCACUCCGAAACCUCUCCUGGUUGACACCGCACCCACACCUUCGGUUUCGCCUGCAAAGUCAGACCUCACACCGAAAGCUACCACCGCUAUCAACCCUUCAACUGCAGCCGAACCUGCUGCUGACCAAGAACCGCCACCAACUCCGUUGUCAAGACGGCCCACUCGCGGCUCUACUUCAAGCUUUAAACGGACAAUGUCCAGCAUCUUUCGACGAUCCAACUCAUCCCAAAACAGACCAGAUCUCGGAUUUACCUUGGACCAGUCCAACGACGUCUCCUCCGAGAGUGCAUUGAUUGACACAGCACCCUCAAAUCGUAGACGAUUCUCAAUGAACAAGUCCCACACUACCACGAGGUCGAACUCACCUCCCUCUCCAGGUUCUCCUGUAGACACCAUUUCUUCCUACAAGCAGUCUUCGCACAUGCCUACUCAAGAUGACUUCAAAAAGAAGAACAGGGCUUCCACCGGCCUUAACCUACGAGGACGCGCUGUCAACUUCGUCGGCGCCAAUGUUUCCGGACGGGAAAAGCACGCCGAGAAGGUCAAGCCUGUCUUGGGCAGGAGACGAGCCAGCAGUUUCGAGGGCCGCGUGAAGAGCCGUCAUCUAGCGUCUGCGCCCAAUCCUCACUCAGACAACCCUGUUCUUCCCUUGGAGGGAUCGUCUCCAUGGGCUCAGAUGCCUGACGCUGGUGUUGGUGUCAAGGCUCGACGCAUGAGCUUGAGUCUCCCGGACGACUUCCAAGUCGAUGUCGCCGACCUCCUUGCGGAAUUUGAGUACCUAUCCAAGUUUGGCCGCCAUGGCAAACAUCUCGGAAAGGGUGCUACUUCCAAGGUCACUAUGAUGAGCCGAAAGGGGUGCCCGAAUGAGCUCUAUGCAGUCAAGGAGUUCAGAGCCAAGAGAAAGCAAGAGACGCAAGAAGAAUACGAGAAGAAGAUCAAGUCCGAGUACAGCAUCGCCAAGAGCUUGCACCACCCCAACGUUGUCGAGACGAUCCGACUUUGCACCGAUCAUGGUCGUUGGAACCACAUUAUGGAGUAUUGUUCAGAGGGUGAUCUCUUUGGAUUGAUUGCGAAGAAAUACCUCCAAGAUCCGGCAAGACUUCCCGAUCGCCUCUGCCUGUUCAAGCAACUUGUCCAGGGAAUCAACUAUCUUCACAGCAACGGUAUUGCUCACCGUGACAUCAAACUCGAGAACCUUCUCAUCACCAAAGACAGCAAGCUCAAGAUCACCGACUUUGGUGUUUCAGAAGUUUUCACUGGCCACCACCCUGGCUUCAGAGAAGCUGGCGGCCAGUGUGGCAAGGGCAUGUGCGCCGAAAUCCGCCUGUGCAAGCCUGGCAUGUGUGGCAGCGAGCCGUACACGGCACCUGAGGUGCUCCUAAAGGAGACUGAGUAUGACCCGCGAGGUCUCGAUGUGUGGAGCGCGGCGAUUGUCAUGAUUUACGUGACUUUCGGAGGAAACAUCUGGAGUAAGGCUGAGGUUAAGGGAAACCCCCAGUACGCUGAGCUGCUCAAGGGAUGGCAGAAGUGGGAAGCCAAGCACCCUGAGCCUGGAUCGCGCAUCACCGAGUCGGACUACCCAUUCUUCAAUGCUUUUGAUGGAUUCGUCUCCCCGCCAGCACUUCGUCGUGUGCUCCUCUCAAUGCUCAACCCCAACCCCGCAAAGCGCGCCACCAUCUCAGAAAUCGCCAACCAUCGCUGGGUCAAGAACAUUGAGUGCUGCCAGCUUGAGAACUACGACGACCCAGCUCUUCUCAUUGACGCUACCAAGAAGGGCAGUGCACAGCUCAACACCAAGAGGGUGUUCUGCCACAACCAUCUGCCAUUGGAGAGCCACGGCCACUCACUUGGAAAGAUGCCGGGCCAGUCGGGCUAUUGACUGCACCCGGACACGACUGUACGACUCAUUACGUGUUUGUUUUUCUGCAUAGCUGCGGUUCUAUCCUUUGGAAUCGGUUCCAGCUUAUGAGCAUGCAGAGAGACAUACUUUUUUUUUUUUUUUCACUUUUACAAUUGGCGUUCACAAAGGCUCCAGGAAAAGGGCCCAACAAGGCGUGGAAAGGAUCGGCCUUGAUUUGUGUUUGAAUACAGCCCAUAAUUACCUGGGGAAAGCAACACCGGCUAUGAUAUGCCGUGUCGCGAGUUUACACAGAAGAUGCCUGUGUGUGUUUGCAUGCACACCAGAAACAAGAACGGCCAUCUCUGGCUCUAGAAGAGGCCCAGGGGUGGUGCAUCGACGUACAUAAUCAAAUUACCUUCUUUGAUACUAUGCGCGCGCCAGAGACAAGCGAAGUUCAAUGGUGAUGUACGCCCGCGUAGUGCAGGGAACGGGACUACAAGGGAUUGGGGGACCACGUCCCGAGGGGAGGCACAAUGAUGCAGAGAGAUGGGGGGAUAGUUUCUUUGACAGUCGGUCACGGGAUAGAUCAAAAGCACUCCUAGAAAGAAGCUCCUUGC